AUGGUUCAAGAACUAGAAGCUAUCAAGGGAGGUGGAGGAUCAAACAAGGUGGGGACUAAAGGGACAACCAGUUCCCUGAUGACAAGAGAACUGGACUCCGUUAAACCGACACAGCAGACACCGGUGUCUGUUGGACACAAAUCUCAGAAAAUUCCGGCAUUGAUCGCCUCCGGUUCUUCGACUCCUAAACGACCAAAGCUGAGGAAAUCUUUGGAUGGAGCAAGUACCAGUGGCAAUGGCAGCAACAACAGUUAUAAAAGCUUGUCCAAAAAUCCCCAUCAGAUUCCAAUGCUUGAUUUUGUUGACGUUGCUUUAGAUAGAACUCCUAGCAGACAGAAAAGUAACAAAAAAGCGUGUAACAUUGUUGAUUUUGUGGACAUAAAGUAUGGGAAGCAUCCCGGUAGAGCACGGUCGAGCCCGCGAAGAAUCGACUCAAGAAGCUCGGGUUCUCUAAGCUUUCCAAGAGCUUUAUCUAGACCUGCAAUUUCUUAA